UUCGUCGUUGCUAGUGUCGCCGUCGAUGCAUUCAAUUAUGCCAAAUCUGUCCACACUGAUCUUGCCUAUGUGUUUCAUGACAGCAUAGUUUGAAAAAUAUUUUGGAUCUGAUGUGAAACAGAGAUAACAAAAUGGAAUAAAAGAAUCUUUCCGUGUUAUGAAAUGGCUGACACUAAGAAGAGGAGAAAUUUACGUAAACAGAAACAGCAGGAAAAAAAUACAAGUGUGGCAGAAAGUGGUAAUGAAUCCAAGGCACAUGCAACGUGGAGUAACAGUGAUAAAAAAAUACUAUUAGAAGCCCUCAAGCAAUAUGGGCCUGAAAAUAUAUCAGCUAUAUCAAAUAUGUUGCCGCACAUAGCACCAGAGGCUAUUGAAUUGAAAAUUACUGAAUAUUCGACGAUGGCAAAAGAGUUGCACGAUCAUGAAUUCUUGGACAAAUGGUUGAAUUGUGGUUCAUAUGAACCUGGAGAUAGUAUUAUACCAGAAGCGCUGUUAUUCAUACAAUUAUUGGAAAAUCACCCAUCACCGUCCGAAGUAGAAGGCUAUGACUUUAGAGCAAUCUACAAGUUUCUUUAUAGCUCGUGCCUCGAACGACCGUCAUUUUUUGAUCUGUCACAAAAGGAUAGGGACAUGCUUUGUUCUACUAUGUCAAAAAUUGAAAACACAUCGUGGCCAAAAUGUCAGAAGGGUCUUUGGGACUAUGUUGGAAGAGCUUACAAUAGAAUGAACAUUAAGAAAGUAUAUCCAGGGAAAAAUUCUCAUUCUUUGUAG